UCUUCCCAAACCCUAGAGGCUAGAGCUCCGGCGACCUGCUCCCAGGACGGCCGAGGCAAGGGCCUCGAGGCACUGAUACACGGAUCGACGAGGAGGCGAUGCCGCCAGGAGGACAAGUUCAAGGAGGCAAGAAUGGCCGCACGAAGCAGAACCAAUCGUCGGCAACCGGCCGCCGCGGCGGCGAGGACAUUCCACCCCUUCCUACGCCAACGUUCCCAGCUUCCCAGAGGAGGAAGAAGCAGAGGCGGAAGAAGAAGGAUCAGCACCAGCAGGUGGCGGCGAGCCUCCCCGAGGGCCCUCUCAUGGAGAUCCUGUCGCGGGUGCCCUACAGAUCGCUGUGCCGCUUCAAGUGCGUGUCCAGGUCGUGGCUCGCUCUCUGCUCCAACCCGGACAUCCGCAGGAGGUCGCCGCAGACCCUGUCGGGCUUCUUCCACAACCACAGAUACGGCAACGAUCUCAGAUUCCGCAAUCUGUCCGGGAGAGGGGCCCCUAUGGUCGACCCUGCUCUCUCUUUCUUGCGGGGAUACGAUGGCUUGAAGGUCGAGCAGAGCUGCGGCGGCCUUCUCCUCUGCAGAUGCUGGAAAUCUCAUGCCCAGGAAAAGGAUCUUGUUGUGUGCAAUCCCGCGACUGAGAAGUGGACCGUGGUACCUCCUAUAGUGUUUUUGGAUGAAGAGGACAGUGACCCUUAUUCGCAACCAGGGCUUGCCUUCCUCGGCUUCGACGCAAGCACUCCGUCUCGCUUCGUGGUGUUUGCUCCUCUUGUAGGUUGUCUAGACGAUGUGGCGAUCUACUCAUCGGAAACUGGAAGAUGGACCCGGAGCGGAUGUGAUGACAUGGCUGUUCCUGUUGUUACUGCAGAGUGUGUUUUCCUGAACGGCUUUAUGCAUUUGACGAUCGAUGAACCUGAAAUAGCCACAGUGGACACAAAGGGGGAGGUGUGGACACAAAUUCCUCUUCCAGAAGAUAUGGAACCCAGCAAUGGUAAUACUUCAAUGGGGCAAUCUCAGGGUCUCUUGCAUGCUUGGUACAUAGAUCCGGAUAAAGAAAACCAACUCUCUGUGUGGGUGCUUGAGGAUUAUGCUAGUGAUAACUGGACCCUAAAGCACAUGGUUAGCGUUCCAGAACUGUUUGAUGCGGAAGAUGAGGAUGGAUUCUAUGAGAUGUUUGCAAUUCAUCCGGAACGAAAUUUGGUUUUCAUUACUAAUGGGGAGGACAUGACUCUGUCGUACGAUAUGGAUAACCAGGAAGUGCAUGUCCUUUGCACUUCCGGAGAAUUUCUGGGUGGUCUACCUUAUGUUCCAUGUUUUUCAGAGUGGUUAUCAGAUGGACACUGAAAGCCGCUGCAGCUUCAUGUACUUAAUGGAAUGCCUAUGUAAAAACCAGCCGUCUGGUAUGUGCUAGUCUGCUAGUUCUUUGGCACUAGCUUUGGAAUGUCUGCCUGGCAUUCCAAAUUUUGAUGUUCGGGUGCUUUCCUUUUUCGUGGCUUUGGACAACGUUGGUUAGCCAUGUGAAAAUUUGUAAGCGACAAGCGUUCCAAUGGGUAAUGUGUAGUUGUAUGAUUGGACCUACUGAUCUAAUAUAUUUUCUUUCAUGCAGUAA